CCAGGUUUCCACUGACGUAUUUCGCUCGCAUCAGAACAUCCUCGCGUGCAGUGUCACGUUUUACUACCAGAAGAAGACUUUUGCGCAGGCAGCACGACGAACGGCCUUUUCUCUUCACCAUUGGCGCUUUUGGAGGGUGUUUGGGGAGACAAACGAGCGCGCCACUGUCCAUUCUGCGCGUCGUCGCAUCUUCGACACCAUCGCACAACCUAUGUCCACGGCAGCCAAGCCCUGAAAACCAUCACCGGCACCAGCGGCAUUCCGUGCGAGCCUCUCUGGAGUAUUCGAGGUGUAAAAGUCGUGUUGGAAGACUUGAGAGAGAAAGAAAGAGGGAACUUGAGAGUUCCACAGUACCUAGUAGAUCGUCACCAGGAGAAACAGACGACACGGGCAACUUCGAAUCGACGUCAUGGCAGCAGCUGUCGUCGCUAGUUCACCUCGUCUCAAUAACGCGAAGAGCCAAACUGCAUCGCCGCGCUCUAAUCGUACUUCACUACAUGCUCCAGAUACCGCGAAGAAGGAAUCAACCGAAAAGCCAGACACUUCUAUUCCCACGAUCAAGCAGCCAGAGCCUGAGGCCGAAUCGCAGGACACUGGUGCUCCGCCCGCCAAUGCGCCUCUCGCACCGCCGCCUAAGCCUGCGCAGACCGGCGACGGCGACUACUUUGGAUCUGCCACCCACCUCACAAAGGAGCCCAAUCCGUUUGAAAGUGCCUUCAGCAACCCUGCCGACACACCAGGCAAGACACAGCUCCCAGGCGUGACCAGCUUGACCUCUCCGGCCUCUCUUCUACCGGGUAACACACCCGGUUGGCCCGGCUCUCUUCGUUCAGGCCCCCUCAGUCCGGCGAUGCUCAGCGGACCGUCUGGCUCGAACGAUUACUUCAACAGCGAUCACCAUUUCUCUGGCAGCUUUCCCACACCCAACGAAUCUUCGCUCAGGACUGGUCUGACGCCCGGUGGUGGCGGGUCUAUGUUCCCGCAGCCAUCACCCAACUCGCAAGCGAUAUACAACUCAUUACAGAGUGGAGGCGCGACGCCUGGAACUCUCGAUUUCCAUCGCACUGCUAUGACUGCACGUGCACAGAGCUCCCAAAACACCUAUGGUAUUGGCCCAGGUGCCACAUCGCAGGCGCAACAGAACCCCAACAUUCAGCCGGAUCUCGAUAGCAAGCCUUACAACCCUAACGGACAGAACUCGCAGUCAGACAACGCCGAUCCGUUCGGCUCCCAUCAAAGCAACGAGGCUGCGAACGGUCUAUUCAUGCUAGCCCAGGCUGGUGGUCAACAGCAGCAGCAGCAACAACAACAACGAAACCCCACGAGUUACCCCAUGCCACCGCAACAGGGUUUCCAGCAAACCAUGCAGCAAGAUCAACGAGGCGGAAAGAACAGUAUCGGCAGCAACAUGUCUGGUAGCACGGAGCAUGCAGAUCAUUACUCGGAGGAGGAUGGCAAGGCCAACAUGCGAGGGACUCGUGGCAAGAAAGGAGCAGCGGGCAAGGGUGCGGCGAACGGAAAGAGGAAGACCGAUGAGACACCGGCGAAACCGCCUGCCAACAAAAAGGCGCGUGCCAGCACACAAUCAGAAGAGCCCGAGGAUGUGGACGACAUGAGUCCCGAGGGAGACGAGAUGGGCAAAGAUGGCAAAAAGAUGACAGACGAGGAGAAGCGCAAGAACUUUCUCGAGCGCAAUCGUGUCGCCGCCCUCAAAUGUCGACAGCGGAAGAAGCAAUGGCUGGCCAAUCUUCAGCAAAAGGUAGAAAUAUUCAGCACGGAAAAUGAUGCUCUCGCAGCUACUGUCACCCAGCUUCGCGAAGAGAUUGUGGGGCUCAAGACUCUCCUGCUCGCGCAUAAAGACUGCCCUGUGUCACAGGCGCAGGGCAUUUCUGGCAUGGCAAUGCAACAGAUUGCUGGCGACAGUCAGCAUUAUGCCAAUCCCUACGGCAUGGCCAUGGGUCAAGGUGGGCCAGGAAUGGGCCAGCAAGCUCAAAUGGCUCAAGCUCAGAUGCAGAGGAGCUAGGAAUCUUCUGACUUCACUGAGCGGUCAUUUGAUCGAUCAUAUGAGGGCAAAGUUCACAAUUCCGAGUCCCCCUCGCAAUACCUGAACAUGCCGCCGUCGACUCCACAGAGGCACUCAUAUGCUCCAAUGUACAGUACCGAGGGCGAGACACAGAGUGGGCGUAGCGCCAGUGGCAUUCUUGAGUUUCUAGAUGAAUAACGCAGACGGACGGCGAUUUGGAGGAUUUUGAGAGUGGGAUUUUGGCGAAGCAGGCGUUUUAUGGUGGCAACACAUGUGAGCAUGGGCGGAACCAGAGAUUGGUGCAGCUACUUAGCGAUAUGGGCGUGAGGCUCAGGCUCAGGCCCAGACUCAAAAUUGCUACGACCAGUGAAAGCAAAUAAUGCCAUACAUCUUCAGGAUCAAAUACUAC